GGGGAAAUAAGCAUUAGAUAAUCCCCAGGGCUAGCUGGCUGAAGUGGUCCUACUUGGGCCAGCGAGGAGGCCAGGGGAGAAUUAGCUGUGGGAUCCCAGAGUGGAUAGUCUUCAUAAAAGAGAAGUGGGAGGGAAGAAAAGGGAAAUAAAAGAUCAGGCAAGAGACGGCAACGGGGGGAGCCCUGGAAGUUGCAACCGGGGUUCAGAGGGAGACCCCCGUUGGAAAGAGCGAAGGGGGGGGGAAUACCCAACAGACCCAGAGGGAGGAAGUGCCUGAUCUGGUCGCAGGACUAAGUCGGGGGUCGUCGCCUUUGUGGUGCAAGCCCCUCCUCCUCCUCUACACGCUUCUCCCCCCACAGCCCGCAAACGUCUCUCUCUCCUCGCGGGUCUCCCGCCCGCCGCCUUUCUUGCGCCCUCAACCUAGCCCCGGCGCCGGCAGAAGGACAAGUCGGGCAGCCGGUAAGGAGCCGGGCCUCUCCAAACUCUGGCCAAUGCCGUGGCAAAGCGGAGGCGGGCCUCCCCUUCGCACUAAGUUCGCGUGUGCAUCUCACGGCGGCGGCUGCCGCUACGUCUUCCGCUGGUCUCCCUCGCUCUCUUUGCCGGGCCGUGGACUGGAGUCGCAGCCUCAGCAUCAGGGGGCGGGAAUUUCCCAUAAUGCUCUAGGCGGGCGGCCCGGGGGAUGAGCGGGCAUUGCGUCUGAGAAUGACCCCAGCGCAGGACUAGGCCCCUACAUCAUAAAAGUGGGGGGAGCAGCCGCCUCCGGGGGCCAUUUUUUGGGGGGGGAGAGGUGUAGAUAGAAAACCCCCCUCGGUUUAAGGCUAGGCCUUCCUCUCAGCCCAACAGAGCCUGUGUGGAAGCGGGGCCGGCGGGGGGGGGGGCGGCUCUCGCCAUCAUCACCUGAACCACCAGCGAGAAGGAGGAGGUUCGUUUUUUGGGUACCUGCGUGAGGUAAGUGUGUGUGAGAGAGCCAUUUGUGAUAUAGAGGGGGGCCAGACAGUGGCCAUCCUCUUUCUACCCCGCCUCCAACCCCGCCACUCUGCAGGCUGCUGCACGUUUGCAUUGUUUUGCAGAGUCCUGCCUGAGCUGGCUUCAAACCCCAGGCUUUUGCAGAGCCCCUGGCCCUGUAAGCUUGCAUCUUGGGAUGGUGCUUCUUUGCAACUGUUAAAAAAGCACUGUGACAAGGAGGAGGAGCUAGAACUUGUUUUGGAUGCCUUUCCCUUCCUCUUUGGAGAAACAAGCAACUCUUCCCCACCCGUUUCUAGUAUUUUGGGAAGGCACCAGAAAGGUGAAUGUUGCUUCCGAUCCUGUCUCUCCAGCAUCCCUUUUAGGGACUAGUCUGCUGCUCUGAAGUUUCUCUCCUUUGGAUUUUUCAGCAUGAGAUCUGGUGUUAAGCACUAUGCAUCGUUCCGCAAGAUGUUUGUGUACUCCAGGGUGCAUGAUUCACAUAGGCUUCUGUUGUUAGGAAACAGCGGCCUUCUUGAAGAGGCACCAGCCUUAUGCAAAUACCCACAGUAAUUCAGGUAUAUCUAAUGUAAAUAGCCUCAGGCUUGGGGAAAAAUUACAUUUUAGGUGCCCAGGUUUCAAGCCCCAACCCCUUCUAAAUCCUUUCUUUGCCGCAUUUGCUAUGUUUACUCUAGUAAGCAUAAGAAAUGCUUCCAGGUUAAAAGAAUGCAUCACUGGAACACUAUAAGUUCUAUGUUACUGGGUAAAUAGGGUGAUACCUGAAAUCCAGUUGACCACUAUAAGGAGCGUCAUUGAAAUUGCCUCAUUCAGGUACUUUAGUGCCAAAUUUGUCGUACAGAUGACAGGAGUAUUGAACUUUCAAGACACCGGUAAAUGAAAGCGAAAAGUAAACAAUGAAACUGUGUAACUAAACAGAUUGUAUGAAGCUUUUCAUUCGCCUUGAAUGAUAUUGAACCUAUGCAAAGGCUGACCACACUUUAGAAGUUUCAUCCUGUCGUGUUUGCUGCCUUGAAUCUUAACACAGUUUCUCUAAUGAAAUAGCUAUGAGAUGCCUAGUUGCUGGCUUCACCCAUAUCAAUGGGGUGUGUGUCUAUGGUUUCCAUAGAGAGGCUAGUGUUUAUCUUUCCUGGGCCAACGUAUUUGCAAUUGAAAGCACUUGUAGGGAAAUAGGUGUGUGGAUGGGCAGUUUCUUUGUUAAGAGACAAAUCAAGUAUGGCUAACUUAAUAUGAUGGGGUGUGUGUGUGUGUGUGUGUGUGUAUUAGAAAAUGAGAACAUUUAUCAGAAUAGAUUAAUUUAUUAGGAGAGGAUUGGAGGAUGGGAAGCUAUAACUGGUAGAAUUAUGUACCCCUCUAUGCACUAGUUUGGUGGGACUCACUUUGGGCCAAAGUUCAGGCAUAUAAAUGCUCUUAUGAAUAAAAUAUGGCCAGUGUGAAAUAAUGCAUAUGCAUAUCCUUAAGCUUGGCCUCAUAGUCACUUGUACCUUAUCCUUUUCUGAAAGCCCAUACACUCUUAUGUGUCUGGCAUUGCCAGGAACUGUUCAUUUAUCACAUGUUGUCAACUGGGAAGGGUGAGGGGGGAAAGUGAUGAAGUAAUGACUUUUCUCUGUUUUGCACCACUUCUUACAAGAGGUUGAGCUGCUAAGGAGAUAUUAUUGUAAAACAAGAAUGGCAGUUCAGCAUGGGAGGAUGUAAUGUCAGGGCAGAACUGGGCAGUCUGUGGCGCGCGCACACACCAUGUUCAAACAUUAAUGUUUUGUAUUGUUUUGUGUGUUUGUUUACUGAAAAGUAGAGGCAGGAAGCUGCAAAUUUCAGCAGAGGGAGUACUUAGAUAACAUUUCUCCCUCAUGCCCCAUGUCAGUCAAAAUUACCCUCCCCAAGCUGUUGUUCUUCGUGCAGGGAAAAAGUUACAAGGACCCUAUAUUUUUCAUCCUAUGGUUAGGAAAGCAGAAAAUGGCAGGGAGGGAAAACAUUGAGAUGUUCUGCUAAUCUGAUGUUGCUUUUCAGUGGUUUAAAAACAAAACAUAUCCACUGAACUCUGCAUAUCUUCUAGUUUGGCCGUUAGGGACCAGCAUUGCCUGAUAUGGCUUUUGCAUCAGGAAUGUAUAAAAAGGUAAAGGUAAAGGGACCCCUGACCAUUAGGUCCAGUCGUGGCCGACUAUGGGGUUGUGGCGCUCAUCUCGCUUUAUUGGCCAAGGGAGCCGGUGUACAGCUUCCGGGUCAUACUAAAUUGUUGCAUGCAAACCAGAUGAUGUUCAACUCAGCAAGUGUGUCUGUUACUGGGUAAUUUCAGUUUUGAAGCACAUGGCUUCCAAAUCAGGCUGCUUGGAAAUGAUGAGUAAUCCCCACCCCCCGCCAAGGUAAAUGCCUCUGUUGAGAUUGAGAGGUCUGUGUAUAAUGGUUACAUGAACAUCACAGACAUUUGCUGGCCCUGUGAUAUUGCAGGUGACCAGUGACAGAUGUUCUAUGAACAUACUCACAAGAGUUUUCCCUAUUCCUUCGUCCAUGCUUUAGGUCAAAAUAGGAAAUGUGGAAAGCAAUUCCUCUAGCCAACAUAACAUCUUCACCUUUGUGUUUUCCUUUGCUUCCAGGCCUCCGCUCCCAUAUCACAAUGAAGAGUGCCCGUGGUAGCAGCUCUUCCUUCCAGGGUGCCAGUGCCAAUGGUGUGGAUCUCAGUCUUACAGGGCUGCCCAUGCAAGUGCUUCAGCGCCCAAGCAGUGCCUCUCCAGGCAAGCACAUUGCUCGCUCCAUCUCCGUCAUUACUGAAAACAAGCCCAAGAGGAAUAUCCUAGUGAGUAUUGGGGGAUGGGGGUAAUAAACUUGCUCUCCUUGGAAGUUUAUUCUGUCUUCUAAGUAUGUUCCGGGUAAACAUAUUUCAUUUAAUCACAAAGCUUAACUGGUUAUGCUGUGCAUUCUUUUAUUCUGUGUUUAGUAGAGUCCACAACAAGAGCAGCCCAUGUAAGAUUGUUGUAUUUGUGUAACGCAAGGGGGUUCUAGCCCGAAGUUACAAAAACCACCCUAGAGCUGUAAAAAAUUUCAGAAAUUCUGAUGCCAUUUGGGGGGGGGGGGAGAACCUGCUUUGCUUUUUUAAAGGAAAAAGUGAAAUAUAUGCAAUACUUUCUUAUCAAACCUAAACUUAACAUUACUGCUUUAACAAUACAAAAUGCAUGUAAGAUUUUGCCAUUUAAAAGUAGAAAAAAAUUAAAUUGAGCAUAGAAAGCACAGAUUUUGUAGUAAACAAAAGGAAGCAUAUCAUUUGGACAGAAACAGUCACAAUAUUGAGGAUUUGGAGGAGUUGUUUUUUCAAUAAGAUUGCAUUAUGAUAACUAGCAACUUUUAGAGAGUAUGGAAAGAUCAAGGAUCAGUACAUUCAUCUGCCCAUCUAAUCAGUUUGCAUUAUCAUUGGGUCUAAGAUGACAACAGUUCCUGGUUCUAAAUGACAAAGUGGCCUACAGUUAUCACUAAAGGUAACUUCCACUGAGUCUCAUGAAUUACGCAAUAACUUAACCCCCGGCUGCAUUGCUCAAUUGUAAUUUCACAGACCUCUUGAUUGUUGCGUACAGAAUCAUGCAUAUGGGAUAUGUUUACAGAGCAAUCACACAACACCAUUAAAUGCACAGAAAAUUCUGUUCAAUUAUUAUUAUUUUUUAAAGCACUUUACAUGGACUGGUUGUUUUCCAUCAAUCCCCACCCCCACCCCUUAUAUAUCAUAAGGGCAAGGCAACUGUAAAGACUCAGUUCAUCCUGUACUUUACAAAAUAACUUUAAUUUUACAAUUAGACUGUAUCCACUUCUUGAGACUGAAUAUUGUUACAAUUGUAAUAGGAAAAAAUAAUCGAAACAUGAGAUGGAAUUUUUGACGGUAUAUAAAAAUGUGCUUAUCCUUUUUUCUUGUAAGUACUGGUUUAAUUUUUAUUAUGAAUAUAUAUUAAAAAACCAGAAACACACACUGGAACAUCCAGUAACAAGGCAGCAGCCCUGAAUGCAUCCUUCAAGCUGCCUUCCAGGGGCAUUGUUAAUGUAUCACCUGUAGGGCUUACCUUCUUUAUCUUGGGACGGCUGCAGAUGGGGCACUCUAUCUAUGUAAGAGGAAGCUUUUGUUUCAAAGCCAUCCAAAUGGUAGCCAACCCCUAAGUAUUCAGCAUUGUUGAUGUGUGUGUCUUUUUCUCCCAGGAAGAUGCAGGGCUUGGCAGCUCCAGAGCUAUGAACAAUUUACGAAGGUCCAAUAGCACGACUCAGGUUAACCAGCGUGUGAACGGUGCCUUUAGGUGAGCCCUAAAUAAAUUUCUUACUGAAAUGCAAUAUUUUGCAGAAACUAAUUCACUCAUGCAUGUCUUUCAGAACUCUUUGGGGAAGUUGGUUUGUUUUUCUUCUUGAGAGUUUACCCCAGAAUGACUAGGAGGGUUUGUUUUUAAAAUUAUUUUUUAUUGAUGCAUUUUCCAGUGCAUAUUUGCAUACAUAUGUCAUCUCAUCAAAGUUUUUUUUUCUACUUCCCAACCUAACCUUCCUUGACACCGUACAUUUUCUUUGGUUUGCUACAUGUCCUUUGAUUAUUCCAUCCUAUUUUCACUGCUUCAGUUCGCUUAUCCUUUCUACUGCUGAUCAUAAAUUUACCCCCGCUUGAAAGUUUACCUUAAUCCCAUCUUUCUUCAAAUAUUCUAUUAAUUUAUGCAACCAUUGUUCUUUUGUUGGAGAUAUCUUUUCUUUCCAAUAUUUUACAUACACUAAUCUUGUGGCCGCUGUUGCAUACAGAAAUACAUUUUUUUACUUUCUUUAGUAUCUCUGCACCUAUUAUUGCUAGCAAGAAGUCUUCUGGUUUCUUCGGAAAAGUGAGCUUAAAUAUUUUUUUCAGUUCCUCAUAUACCAUCUCUCAGAAUUUUUUUGCAUAUUUACAGUGCCACCACAUAUGCAUCAGAGACCCUUCUGUCUUGGAAUACUUCCCAUGCCAAGAAAUUUAUUGCCCUAUUCCAUAAUUUUUCCCAUGCUGAUAACUCAAUAUUAUAUCCGAUAUCUGACCCCCCCCCCCCCCCCGUGUAUCAUUGCGGCCUUUACUAACCCAUCUUUAGUUUCCCAUUCUAAUAAGAUUUUGGAUAUAUUGGAUAUAAUUUUUGUUGUUGCUUCCCAAUAGAAUUUUUUUGAAUUCGGAUCCCCCUUCUGCAAAUCCUCUUUCUUUGUCCUUUCUAUAGAUUUCAUUUACUUGAAGGUACUGAAACCAAUCUGUAAUUACUCCUGGACACUUGGUAGUAAUUUAUGGGGGAGAAUGAGUUCUCUUUUUGCUCAGCAGCCUGAGUGGACAGCUUCUGGAAAUGGACCAAACUCCCAAGAUUUCUGAGUAAUCCUGUGGUUUUGCUUCUCAGCAGUGUAGAGCAGCACGGAGACUUCCUGACUUUGUUUGAAAGCAGCUCAGGUGGAAGAAAGAAACUAGCAAGUCUGAGCAAAGUCUCCCCGGAAAAGAAAACAACAUGGAACAUCCUGGUAAGGGCAAGGUCAUAACAGGAAGUUCAAGUGCCAGAGGAGCUUCAGAUCAAUGGAAUCCUAAGAUUUGUUCCGUUUGCCUUCUUUUGCUAACACAGACAAUUCCAGAAAGCAUUCCAGAUGCAAAGGCAUCUAGAGCCUUUCCAGUUAAAUAUUUUGUCACAAAGGAUCUAAGCCUUUUGCUUAGGCGGCGGGGGACAUUUUCCCACCUUUCAAAUGUCAGUGUGCUGUCAUUGUCAGGGGAGAAACUUUCCCCCAUUCAGCUGUCGUUCUUGUUGCUGGGGUGAGUACAGCGUAGAAUAUGCUUGCAUAGGCAGCUGUUGGGGAGUGCUGUGCUCUCCAGCACAGGGAUAUAGCUCUCUCCUUAAAAAACAAGCAGUGGAAAGGCUGCCCCCUGCCACAAGGCUACAGCCAUCCCCGGUCAUGACAAGAGGACAGGCUAUCUCCCCACCGACACUAAAUGCUAGUGUAGCAUUAAGUGUAAGAUCUGGAGAAAGGGAUGCCCUUCUGUUGUAAUCAAGCAGCAGCUUCUAUCUAGCACUACAGUGCUAUACUUGGAACUAGGAAGUAGGGGCAAAAGGUGUUCAAAGGAAGUGUUACUGGAGGAUUCAGGUUAUGGGGCAGCCAAUAAAUAAGACAAAUAAAUAAAUAAGUAGGGGGAUAUGGCACUACUACCAUACUUUUGUAUUGUGUAAUCUGUGCUAAUGACUUUGGCUCCUGGUAUGGAAUUUGGAUUAGCAGUCAUUAGCUGAGGGGUUGACAGCUCUUGUGUAGCUUUUUAACACUGGGCAUGCAGAAUCAGUGCCCCUGACUCUCACUCCCGGUUUGGAAGUUUAUUAGUCCCAUCCUGGGACAUUCAGCACAGCACAAACUUACCACCACUAGAGUUUAUCUCCCAGCAGGCUUUGGUAUCAGUGAGAAUUAUGGUGGGACUGAGAUGGAUUCUCUGCAUGAGUUAGAAUAAAAGUAUCAGGAGAGGACCUGCCGCAUACAAUGACGGUGAUUUCCCUUCAUGCUUAUUUCUGGUUAUGUUGUACAGGAUGAGCAGCCCAGAACAUUUCCUGUCCCAUCCAGUACUCAAGAGGCCCCUGCAGGCAUGAGAAAGAAAGAAAUCUAUGUGCCACUUGCAGCCAACUUCACUGCAAAUAACAGGUAAGAAAGGCAACCAGGUCUAGCUUCUGAAGUUAUAGGUAAAUUGCUGAAAUUUGACUGGUGGGAUUUGUGCUAGCGCUAUUUUUGCUGAAGAUGGGUGCUGUAUUAUUUCUGGUCCAUGGGUGUUAUUGGAGUAGGGUCUGGAGACAACCAUGUGAAAAGGAACAGCAGUCUCUUUUUAGCUACAGGUUGUAAUCUAAAAUAGGGUUGAGCCAAAACAAUUCUUUCCACUUCGUUUUUGCUUUCAUUGUUGAACAGCACUACGGCACUUCAGUGUGCUUUCAUGUGGUCUCAUUCCUUUAGCCUGCACUUGGUGCUCUCACAUUCCAAAUUAGGGUUGCCAGGUCUUCGCCUGGUCAUGGUGCCUUUCCCUUUGAAAACUCACUGAGAGGGUGCAGUCACCACGUGUCCACUCCACUGAUUCUUUCAUUCAGUCUCCUCUUCCACCUGUUGUGGGUAGCAAUAUUUUGCUCCCAAGAGGACAGGAGAGAGAAUUUACAAAGUACCAGUGGAGCCACAGGACAACAAGCACAGUGACAGCACUGUAGCCUGGUGCCUUGACGCUUUUUUCCAGGUGAAGACCUAGGAAGCCUAUUUCAGAUUCCCGCCCCCAUUAUGAUUUUCCCCCUGUUACCUUUUGAACCCUGUCUAAGCAGUUAAUGGUUUUCCUGUGGCCCCUGAGAUGUUGUUGGAGAACAGCUUACACUAUCCCUGACCAUUGGUCACGUUGGCUGACUCUAAUGGAAGUUGGAAUCGAUAACAAUAUCUAGAGGGUGGUGGGUUAGCCACCCUUGUCCUAAAGGUUUGUGAUUGAAGUCUGCACAUGUUGGCCCACAGCCUUCAAUAUGCUAACAUAUUGCCCUUCUUUCCUACGAGGAGUAACAAAGGUGCAAUGGGCAACUGUGUAACCACCAUGGUGCAUAAUAACUACUCCACUGCGGACAAGGCAGCUGCGCCCAAGAGCUCCAACCAGGCCACAACCUCCCUCAAGUAAGUCCUUUCACAGCCAUCCUUCCAGUGGGCACCGUAGGUUGGUUGGAAGGGGCCAGGGAAGGCCUAACUGUGGCAGCCUGCCCAACACCUCAAGUAUGAGCAAGCCAUCGGGGGAGUAGUGGUUUUCAACAAGGGAGGCAUAGAUAGAUACACAUGCACAGCUGUGGGAAUGAAAGCAUACUUGCUCCUGAAUCUUUUAUUUUUAAGCUUCCUUGCUAGGAAAAAUUAGACUGCAGUUGUUUCUAAGAGCCCUCAUAUUCAUGUUAGUCCAGAGUCUCAUAAUCCGCACAACUGGGCUGUAUAUGAGCAAAAGGAGCUUCCCUCAUUCUAUUCCAAAUUCUAAGGUUUUUCUUCCUUUACAACCGUUCCCCUUCCAACUGCAUGUUUGGUGCUCAUCCCUUGACCAGUUCAAGUGUUAUCAUAGAUGAAAAUGCAGGAGUGAUUUAGCAGGACUUACUUGACACUUGCAAAAUGUCAUUAAAGAGGGGUGAAUAAUGUAUUAUGUUAGUGGGUGAGGAGCAUUUUCUUUCCCAAGGCAGUCUACCAAGGACAGUAAAACACAGUAUCAAUACACUCUGGAAAAUAGACACGUGUCCAUCACUGGGUAGUAUGGCAUGCUAACAACCCGUUGAGCAAUACAGAAGAUGCUUCUGACUGAAGUGUUCUUGUCUUGUUUUCUUAGUAACAUUAUCAAAGCCACUUCCAAUGAAGACACAGAGAGUAGCAGCUACAUGAAGUCCCAGAAAAACUUUUCCAGCAGCAAUAUCCUGGCUCGGAACAAUAAUAACAGCAGUAGCAGUAACCCCCUCAGGAGGCAGGAAGUAUCGGAGGAGGAGGCUGAGCGGUAAGCGUGAAUUCGCUGGCAACAAAGGAGAUAACCAGAGGAGAUGUUGGGAAGGUAUGCAGAAGAAUGAGAGGAAGCCUCAUGGUAGUUCAGAGAAGGGUACAUAAUAUGUUGCUGCUUAGCAGCUUUAAUAGCUGCGUUUGAUGAUUUCCAGCUGAUAGGUCAGUCCUUUCACAUUUUAUCGGUUCUAAUAAAAUAGUGCUGGGGCCUGAUUUCCUUUCACGUUUGUCUAAAAUAUAUCCCUCUGAACCGAGCGUUGGACUUUAUAUUGUUUUCUAAGAAGAAGAAAAAAAGUGAGGGGGCUCUUUCUAAACAGGAGCCAUAUAGGCAAGAGCCACACCUUCAGCAUGGCAUCUCUCUCUGUGUGUGUCUCUUCCUGCUUCAUGGCAGGGUUUCCAUUUGUGGUUGGAAAGCCAUUUCACUUUUUGUUAACUUCUUUCUACCCAUUCAGGUUCAUUAACCAGGUCAACCUGGCCGCUGUGAUGAUACAGCGCUGGUACAGACGACACUCUCAGAGGCACAAGGAAGGUGCAGCCCAGCUCAGGCGCUUACUAGCUUCCAAAAGAGAGGUAUGUAUAGCAUACAUGCAUUGUAUAAAGCGGACUUUCACGUUUCCUGAGAAUUAAGGAAAACGUUUCUUUGUUCCCCAAAUAGUUUUGUUCAUUUGGGGUUAUAUGGUGCUGUGUCAGAAGUGAUAUCUCCUCUUCUGACAUUUGCUCCUAAGGAGUAGCUUCUUAUUGGAGGAACCGUUCUCAGAUGAAACAAAAGGUUCUGGUUGUUAAUCAGAAUACUCAGGGCAGAGCGGUUAAUGUCGGAUGCACUUUUCCAGUUCUUUGCCACUCAGCGAAGUAAGUUGUGUUGAUUUACUGAUAUCCAUUCAUUUGGUCAUUUUUUACAGUUCUAUGAGCCAUUUUUUCAAAGAGCAUAGUUUGGCAAAGACCUGAAAAAAGUGAGUGGGGAUUAUGAAGGACACUGAAACCUGCCUUCUCCCACUUUCAGGAAGUUCUGUUCAUUCCUUUUCUGAAAUCUCAUCAGAUGCUGUCCAUAUGCUUCUCCAGAUCUCCGCCCCCCGCUGACUAGCUAUAACGGCUUUGUUCUGCUUCCACUGUCAGAGGCAGUAUGUUUCUUUAUAGCAUUUGUUGGCACUGUGAGAACAGGAUACAGUCAUACCUCGGGUUAAAUAUGCUUCAAGUUGAGCGCGUUCGAGUUGUGCUCCUCGGCAACCCGGAAGUAAUGGAGCGCGUUACUUCCGGGUUUCGCCGCUUGCUCAUGCGCAGACGCUCAAAAUGACGUCAGGCGCAUGCGCAAAAGCAGCAAAAAGCGACACGCGCAUGUGCAGACGUUCCGCCGCUAGUUACGUUUACCUGCAAACGGGGCUCUGGAACGGAUCCCAUUCAUAUCUAGAGGUACCACUGUACUGGACUAGAGGGGCCUUUGGUCUGAUCCAGCAGGCCUCUUCUCUUCUUCCUAGAUUGGUAGCUUAAAAAGAAAACAGAAAAAAAACUGGUUUUUUUAGAGAGAUUUAUUCAUUAGUUCAUUUUCAGAACAGCUCCUUUCUUUAACCCAAAUUUGAUGCUGCUGCUCUGAAAUAAUCCAAACUCUACGCCAGUCCUUAUUGUUCAUCUUUUCUAUCAAAAGCUGAAACUACUUCUUUUCCACAGCAGUGUGGCUACAGCUGUGCAAAAAGCUAUUAGUAAGGCCUUCCUCAUCCUGUCCGAUAGUAGCAGAGCCCUAAAUCAGUUAAUUGUCCCACAUCUGAAAUGUACAGGAAUGUCUGAAUUUCUUUUUAUUUCUUGAGCUUCUUGAUACCUUAAUAAAAACAUCUUCGCAUGUUAGUUUCUCUUGUGGGGAGCGGGGGAACCCAGCUGUCAUUUGUACCAGAAUAGGAAACUGAUAACAACACCUGAAAAUCCUUUCUGCCUCAACUCCUUUUAAGGAAAGGCAGCAGCAACUCACAGAGGAGGGCAACAUGUUGGAUUUGCAGCGGAGGCGAGACGAGGAGAGGAAAAAGAUUCGAGAGGAGAAGGCACGUCUUGCCAGACGAGCAGCCAUCCAGGUAGGGGCUUGAUACCAGCAUUGCCUGCCUUGGACAUUAAGAGAGGAGUUCAUUGCUUUGGUUUGUUCAGAGCUUGGAACGUGUUAAUUUGCCAGUGCUGCAAAUGGAGGAGCAAGUGGACCAUAACAGAACACUAACACCAUUUUUUUUCCUGCUAGGAGCUGCAGCAAAAAAGAGCCCAGAAAGUCUUGGAUACGCAACGCUUGGUUGAGGAGGAGCUGGCAGCAAUGAAAGAGAGCAAGAAAACCAGAAGAAGAAAACCUGAGAAGGCUGGCUCUGUGAAGAACACUAGCCCUGCCAACAGCAUCAUCAAAGCCAACAAUGCAGGUGAAAAGCACUGGUAGAUUGUGAAACUGUAGGUAAAGAUGUCUCCUGAACAUUCCUCUAGUCCAGGAAGUAGGAAACCUGUGACCCUCCAGAUAUUGUUCAGCUACAAUUCCCAACAUACCUGUCCACUGUCCAUGCUUGGCUGAUAGGGGUUGAAGUCCCAGGUUCUUCACAACUUCAGUGCAACGUCUGUGCAGUUACACUGGAUCUGGUAGGCCUACAACUGUCCUAUCAUUUUACCAGAUAAGUUGCAAAACAGUAUAUGAUCAUUGAGACCACAGAUUGCAUUAGGGAGAACCAAGCACAAAGUACCAUGUCGGAGAUGUUGAAGGAAUAAGUUCAGAGAAGUCUAGAUGCUCAAGUAAGAAGUGUUCAGGAGAAGAUGUGUGCAACUGAUUGCUGCAGCUCUGUGGUUGCUGGGAAGUCCUGAGGAAAUCAAAAGGGAAGGGCGGAAUGGAAAUACUGUUGCUAAAUUGUACAUUGCUGUGUCUGCAAACUGUGUGUGUUACAGUUCCAUUUCGUUCCAGUAACACACAGCUUCACUUUGAAGCUCAUCCAAAUGCAAUUGGUGCUUGAUCUGAGCAAGUCAAAGAAGAGUCCAUUGUGAUGCUCACCCACUUCCUCCCAUUGUAGUGUAACUAGAAACCUUCAUCAGACAAGCUGCACACCAAGGGUGGGGAGUUUCAGACCUGGUGCCAGAUGUGGUUCUCCAGGUCUGUUUGGCCCUCAGGACUCUUCCUCAGGCCAUACCCCUAUCCAGACCGUGCCAUUCAUCAGCCCUGCUCGGCACCCUCCUCAAGUGCUUUUGGCUUGUUCGAAUGUGUCCUUGGACUUGCAAUAAUGCCUCCUGCUUCUGUGGUGGAGGCUGGAGAGAUGGUCUGUAUAUGUGUUUAGAAAUUUCUGAGGUUUGUGUCGCUGGAACAUAGCCUACUAUAGAAAGGUAAAAGUCAUACCACUUGCUCUGCCUACUUUUGCCUUGUCGACAUCUACCACCGUCAAAUAGCCAAAAGUUCCCCACAAGGAGAUCUCCACCUCGGACUGAAAAACAGCCUCCGUUCACCAUGCAUGUAAUAGAAGAGGUUUUUUCAGCCAAAAUCUUCAUUGCUCAAGAUAUAGUCCUUUGCCCAUCUGUUAAAAAAGCAAAAACUCUCACACAAACCCACCACACCUGAUUAUGUUUCUGGGCACUGGAUUCCUAUCAUAGCAAAUCCUUUUUGUUGUUAUUUACAGAUGCCAACUUCCACUUGGCAGCUGCAGAUACAGAAGAACAUUCUGCUGGGGCUUGUCUGUCUGUCCCAGGACAAAACAAACUACCUGAAGAUCAGCCACAGGUGCCCCUUUCUAUUUUCUCAUGCUCCCAAAAGCUUAGUUGCUGUUUUCUUUUUUUACUCCGGUGACUUUGCAGUUUGCACAGUUUUCAAGUGCUUUGCUAUGAAAUAUUCUGUUCAGCUUGCGCACUGUACUGUGAGGAGAUGGAUCUACUCACUCCAUUCAAAUGAAACACCAGGAAUGCGCCCUUCUUGCAAUCUCACCGUGCAUGGAUUUUCUCUGUUUUUAAGGAUGUCAGCUCUGGAAAGAUGGGCAGUGAAGACUUGGAGACUAUUAUCACUGCAGCCAGCAGAGCACAGUCCAAAGUCACCCUUAAUGAGCUACUGGAUACCUUAAAGUUGUUGGAGGAGGAGCCAGAGUUGCCACCACAACCCAAGGCCUGCAAAGAAGAUAAAUAUGCUUGGGUAGAUGGGGUAAGUGGAAUAGAUAUAGAAAUCUAUCUGUCUUUGUCUGUUCCUUUUUCAUGAUUUAUUCUGAAGCUGUUACCCUGAAUCAACAACCUCAUUUGAGGUUCUGGUUUUUUGUUUUCCAUGGGCCAGGAAGUAAAGGGCAUCCCAUUGCUACUGUCUCAUGUUGUGCACAAUAAUUUGCUGCUGAUCUAUUGUGACCCACAACUAUUUCCACCAACUCCAAAUACCUUUGAUAGUAUUACUUGCAUGUUUGGUUAUCCUAAAGAGAGUUGAGGAAAUCAUCCCCUCUUGAGUCAGAAAGUCCUUUCAUUUAACUCACACUAGCACCUGGUUUUUAGUUAAAGUGGCCUAGAAGAUGACUUUCCUGGAAAACAUGGUCCAUCAAUAAGUGCAUGUCCACAACAAUUUUACAAUUCUCUGAUUCUAUUCUUAUCCACAACUCAUGGUUGAAGUAUAUCUGUUCUGCCAUUCCUGUCUACGUCUAGCAUAGAUAGCUGGCCUUUUCUCCCUAAAUACAGGAGGCCGACUCAAAUUCUCUCACUGCUGACAACCUGGAGAAGUUUGGGAAACUGAACUAUUCUCCGGGAGUCCCUGAGGAAGGCACGCUGCUCUCGGAAGCCAAACUUCAGAGCAUCAUUAGUUUCUUGGAUGAGAUGGAGAAAUCCGAGCAGGAGCGACCUAGGUCUGCUGCCUCUGCUUCCCAGCGAGAGGUGAGCCCCCAAGCAUGAAGUUGACUUUCAGCAAAGAUGGGAAUCGUCCGUUUUCAAUGAAUUAAGUGGGUAAUUGUCUUCACCUGAUGCAACAAAAAAGAGGAUUGAGUUUGCAAGCUCAUAAAAUUCAUAUUGGGAUUUUGCUGCUGUAUUGGCCUUCAGCAUAAACGGCUGGUCUCAUCUUCCUUGAGGCAGAUAACUAGGUCUGCCUCAGGAAAUUAAUAGCUUGGUUUGUAAUCGGCAAAACGUGAGCUGAGUAACUUUAGAUGUUCUAUUAAAAGAGAAACUCUUAGUAGUAACACCAAGACCUGCAUUUCUACCACCUGUCAGGGGCUCUUGUCAGAAGAAGAGCUAGCUCACCUGGAGCAGGCAUCAGCAGUUGCCACAGAGGUUACCAGCUCCAUCAUGCGGCUGAAGCUGGAGGUAGAAGAGAAGAAGAGAGCCAUCACAUUGCUACAGACAGCACUGGUGGGUAACUAGAGCCUAAUCCCUUGGCAGGUUUGCAUGUGCUAGGAAAGGGGGGGCUGUGUCACAAAGCACAGCAGAGCCCAGGAUUCAGCUAUGUUGUGUGGAAGAUACAUGGAUUUAAAGCCUGAGCAGCCAGAGUUGCAGAGGCCUACCCUACCUGACAGCCUAGGCUUCUGCAGUCUGGUUUGUAAAGCCAGACAAAGCCAUCAGUAUGGGGGAAGGGAAUUAGCUCCGUGGUAUAAGUUCUACUUUGUAUGCAGAAGGUCUCGGAUUCAGUCCUUGGCAUUUCCAAGGUAGGAUUGGGAGAAACCCCUGCCUGAAACCCCUGGAAAGCCCCCAUAAGUCAGUGUAGGCCAAGGAUGGGGAACCUUUGACCCUCCAGUUGUUGCUGAAUUACAGCUCCCAUUAGUCCCAGCAAGUAUGGCUAAUUGCCAGGGAUUAUAGGAGUUGUAUCUCAGUAACAUCCGGGAGCCAAAGUCUCCUCGCUCCUGGGGUAGACACUGAGAUAGAUGGACCAGUGGUGUGACUUGGGAUAAGGCAUCUUCCUACAUUCCUUUGGAUGGGAAGAUCCUCUUGUCUGAGAGUAAGCAUACAUGUGACAUGUGUUUUCUUGUCCUUCUCUGUUUUUUUGCAGGGUUUAAUUUGACUGGCUGCAUAGCCCAGCCUAUUCUUAAUAUGCCCGGGUUAUUGUUUCCUGCAGGCACAGCAACGGGAGCUGACUGUACAUCAUGUCAAAGGGACAGAGAAAGAGCUGAGUCGCCAGCUGGCACUACAAAGGGAGCAGUAUGAAGCAGCUAUCCAACGGCACCUCGCCUUCAUUGACCAGGUAUCCUCUUCCUCCCCCCCCCUCCUUUUUGAAGAUGGGAAGGUGAAGAUAUUAUUAUUGUGUCCACCCUGCUUACAACCCCUUUCCUAGACUCCUUUGCACUGCUGGCAUAUCUAUAUGCUUUUACCUCUCCCAGCUUCACCUAAACAUACUAAUUCAACGUGUAAUCCUUGACUAGGCUGGUGAAGGGGGAGCUUAGCAUCCGCUUUGACACCUGCGUAAGGUGGCAGCCUUAAAGUGCUUGCUCUCCCAAUUGCCUGUCACUAUAGUAGAUGUAAUUUUGGGGAGGUGCUGUGACUUUAUCCUCCUUUGCACCCAUCCCCUACAGCUGAUUGAGGAUAAGAAGACUCUGAGCGAGAAAUGUGAAGCGGUGGUGACUGAAUUGAAACAAGUGGAUCAGAAAUACACGAAGAAAAUUGCCCAGAUGCAGGAGCAGCAUGAGCUGGUGAGGAAGUAGCUUUUAGUUCCUUGGGUGACAGAGCUGCACACCAGCUAGAUAAAGUAUCUGAAUAGUUCUCCUUUGGUUCAUAGACAGGAACCAGGUUAAAAGCCGUAAGCAGUGUUGAGACCUUCUGAAGAGCUCUUUCCUGACCAGCCGAGAGAAAGACGAGAGAUACAGAAUGCUUAAGGGGUGGAGGGGAGCAUAAAGGCUGUCUGAAGUGUAGAAGUUUUGUUUUUCACACACAAAAAUAUCCAGUGUAUGAGUUUCCCUCCCUUUUUUGGUACACAAUAUGGUGGAGAAGGCCUUUUCUUGUACUUGGUGAGAAGACUCUCAACUAAGUCUACCUGAAUAUUUUUUCUUUGUUCUAUGCUUGGUUGCCUUGAUACGGCUCUAGCUGCUGAAUUGGAAGUAUUUAUGUGACACAUUUAUGUGAUGCAUUUGGAGUCAUCCUGCUCCUUCUUUGCAAAUGGGGAGGGAUUUCUUAUACCUCGUGCUGUGCAACAGAAUCUGUUUUAAGUUGAAAUGAGGGGCAUUUGUAACAAAAAGAGAGAAUUGGUUAUGACUGUCAAUAGUGCUUGUCUCUCUUGAAUUUUGUGGUUGAGCUAGACAUCCUAGGGUGGCAGGAGCAAUGACAAAGUCUGCAUCUCUGGUUCUUGCUGUGCCUGGAGGUAAUGCUUAUUGAAGUCCCCUGCCAGGGCCCAAAGACAAUUCAUCCUUAUUUUUCCGAACAGUUUCUUAAUUCUGACUGAAACUGGGUAGGAAUAACCGUAUGUACUCGAAUCUGAUUCUCACCUUUAUUUGCCAAAUUACGUCGCAAAAAUUAAGGUGUGUGUUAUAGAUUUGGUGGCACAUUGACAUUCACCAGCAAACAGUUUUUUUGGUUUCAAGGUUCUGAAAAUUGAGGUGCGCAUUAAAUUCGAUGGCGCAUUAGACUUGAGUAAAUAUAGUAGUUUAUAGAGUGCAGUGCCUAAGACUAACUCAAGUUAAGACUGUAUGUCUUUUAUGCUGGAUAUAGCAAGUUCACAACAGCAUGGCUGCUUGCAAGGGCAUUUGUAGCUAAGCAUGGGAUAUGUUACCAUUACUAAGCCAGAAGGAUUGUCCUAGGUUCCUGCGAAAUCAUUCCCCUUUCCUUUGCUGUUCAUCCCAUUUGGAAUAUGCUUCAUUGGCUGAAGCCAUUCAGCCCCAUCUUGCAGUUGGCCCUUCUUAAAAAGAAAGACUUGCCCUGCUGGCUUUCAUUUGAUUGUAGCUAUAACAUUUCUGGGAAAGGGCAAAUGAAGCUCCUGCCACCCAGAGCUUUGGAAUUAAUAAGCCGAACUGACCCAGGCUCUUCUCUCAUGUCUUAAUAGCUUGUAGCACUUAACUAAGCACCCCUGGUCUAUAGGAUCAUUAACAAUACAAGAUAGUUGUGACUGCCUUUGUUAUCAUUAAAGGGGAAACUGUAGAUAAUAAUAAUAAUAAUAAUAAUAAUAAUAAUAAUAAUAAUAAUUUAUUAUUUAUACCCCGCCCAUCUGGCUGGGCCUCCCCAGCCACUCUGGGCGGCUUCCAUAGAAACCAAAAAUACAGUAAAAUAUCACACGUUAAAAACUUCCCUGAACAGGGCUGCCUUAAGAUGUCUUCUGGAUGUCAGGUAGUUGUUUAUCGCUUUGACAUCUGCUGGAAGGGCGUUCCACAGGGCGGGCGCCACUACCGAGAAGGCCCUCUGCCUGGUUCCCUGUAGCUUUGCUUCUCGCAAUGAGGGAACCGCCAGAAGGCCCUCGGCGCUGGACCUCAGCUAAGACAGUUAAGGAUUUGCAUUGGCAAAGCUGCCUACACCAAGGAGGCUCCUUUGCUUGGUUUUGCUGCUUCUGCUUCUUGGCACACCCUUCCCUGCAAAAGUAGGAAGCUUUCUCGGCGCUUGGAUGAGCCUCGCCUUGGCAAACACUUUGAGCAGGAGCCCAGCUGCUCCAGAUCUUAGCAUUUGCCAGUUGCCUCUUUGCACCUGUUUCUCAAGACACUCUUAUUUCACACUCCUUUCCAUUUCCCUCUAUCUCUCACUUCUUCCUCUUUCUCUCUAGGUUUGGCGCACUCUGGGCCCCCUCUGUGAGGUAAACCUUUUCUGUGCGUGCUCUUUGGCUUCAGCUUUUGUCUCUCUCACCUGUCUUGAGCCUGUUGGUGCAACUAUUCGUGAAUUCUUUAGAUCCAGGGGUGGAGAGCCUGUGACGCCUCCUCCCCACCCCGAUGUUGUUGGAUUCUCAGCUCCCAUCAGUCACACCCAGCAAGAGGGGUCAAUGGUUUAUGAGAGUUGUAAUCCAGCAACAUCUGGAGGGCCACAGGUUCCCCACCUCCUGUGUUAGGUCCCUUCUUUGGGGGUAUGGCUAGGGCACUUGUUGCAGCUUGGGACAAAGAGCUCUUCCUUGAUAGUGGCACGCUCUAGGUGUCUGUUUUCAUGGUCAUGUCAGAUGCCAGCCAAAAGUGGAACUGCUCUUUAACUCUUAUCCUCAGUGCCUUACUGAACAGCCUUUUGGUGGAGUUGCCUGUGAAGCAAAACCAAUCCAAAUUCCUCAGUCACUUUUGCAUUCCUCACUGCCUACUGAUAAAUGGAUAGACCCACAUUCAAAUAUCAUUCAUAAAAUUCAGUGGCUAGACUUGGACAAAACUGAAGACAGAUGACGGGGUGGUGUUUUUUUCAGAGCAUUGAAGAUGGUUUGAAAGGGGGGUUGCUGUUCAAGAUGUGUAUACAUGCCCCACUUCAACUUCUGUGCAAAUAAAUUUUGCAAGUUCCAUUUUGUUUUAAAAGGUGGGAUUCAACACUAGGCCUGCUCAGAGUAGAUCCACUGAAAUUAAUGAACUUGACUAAGUUAAGUCUAUUAAUUUCAGUAGCUCUGCUGUGUCGAAUUCCACCCAUAAUUUGGAAAAAGUGUUUGUACAGAGACAGCAAUAAAGGUAAAGGGACCCCUGACCAUUAGGUCCAGUCGUGACCGACUCUGGGGUUGCAGUGCUCAUCUCGCUUUACUGGCCGAGGGAGCCAGCAUACAGCUUCCGGGAUGUGGCCAGCAGGACUAAGCUGCUUCUGGCGAACCAGAGCAGCGCAUGGAAAUGCCAUUUACCUUCCCGCCGGAGCGGUACCUAUUUAUCUACUUGCACUUUGACGUGCUUUUGAACUGCUAGGUUGGCAGGAGAGACAGCAAUAGGACAAAAUAAACACGUGUGCACCAUCAUAAGCAAAACGUCUCUCAAGAAAAGGCAGUGGCAUUGUCCUUCAACCAAUACCAUCAUUUCUCUGGGUCUAAGAAGCCAAUGAGCACCGAUGAUUAAUUCUAGUAUGCUAACGAGAUUGCAAAGUGGAAUACUGACAAGGGGAAAAUAGAAAUAGACUGCAAUCCUCGCCUUGAUCUGCACUUAGAGGGGAUGCAUUCAAUGAAGAUGUCCCUUUGCUAGGCUCUGCUGGCAGGGUAGAAGAGCUCCACUGCCAUAGGAACCCUUCCUGCUCCUGCCAAAGGCAUGGGCUGUUUUGGAGCUACAGCUACCAACAUUCCUGCUGGCAAUAGCUGGUGCAAGACUCUGGAAUGGAACAUUUCAGGAGCAGAGCAGAGCUGGCCAGGGACCCGCAGCUUAUUAAGCUGGCCCAUUUGGUAGAAAGGGGCCAAUGGGCUGUUGUGCCAGCCUAUAGCUUGUUGUUUAGUCGUGUCCGACUCUUUGUGACCCCAUGGACCAGAGCACGCCAGACACUCCUGUCUUCUACUGCCUCCCGCAGUUUGGUCAGGCUCAUGUUUGGAGCUUCGAGAACACUGUCCAACAGCCUAUAGCUAGUGCAGAAAAAUAGGAAGCUACCCCCACCUCCAUAUUCUGCACUGGUCAGCAGGAACCAUCAGGGCUUCAGGUGCAGCAGUACCUCUGCCACUCCGAACAAUCCUGGGCAGAGUUAGGGUUACUCUAUUGCAUUCAGAAUAAAUGCUGCAGGUAAUACUAAACUAGAUGGAGCAAUGAUCCGACUCAGUUUAAGGCACUUCUUUCAUGUUCCUGUGUGCCCUCCCUCCUCCAUUUUAUGACUGAAGUGUUCAGGUUUCCUGAUUCUGUUGGCAAAGGCCAAUGUAGUGGAGAGCUAGAAGGUGGGGGAGAGGGAACCUUGAAUUGCUUUUCCUGGGGCAGGGGAUGUAGAAGGAAGGGUGAACCCUGUCUUAGCUACUAGCAAGUCAGCCAACAGUACACCUUCAGCAGAAAUCACCAGAGCACCUUUCUCUGUGCCUGUGGCUAGAAAUCUGCUUCUUAAAAUUUGGGAUCCUCAGAAGUGAUAUCCCUCAUCUUGCUUUUUUUCUUGCUUUGCCACAUAAAUGUGCACAGUCCUGCUUAUAUACUCAAUCUGUGUGAGGGUAGUGCACAAACCCGAAUUUACUUAGGUAUAUGCUUUUGGUAGGUUCUGUUGCUGUUUCUCUAUCUUUGGAUAUAUUGUUGAUAGCUGGGAAGGAAAACUCAUUACAGGUUUUCUUUGCAAGGUUGCAUUCCUGGGAAUCCAGCCAGAGUUGCAGGGAGGCAGGGUGUGCACCUACUGCUUUCUCAGUGUAUAGAGGAGACACUUCAUGACUGCCUGGGCAGGUUCAUGGCAGCAUGUUUUCAGUAUUUAAUGAAGAAAUGUCUGAUUUGUGUCUUGCAUUCCCCCCUCCCCUUUUCUUCCCCUGCAGGAAAUAAAGAAGCUGAAGGAACUCAUGAGUGCCACAGAAAAGAUCCGCCGGGAGAAAUGGAUUGAUGAGAAAACCAAGAAGAUCAAAGAGAUCACUGUUAAAGGUACUUGUGGAUAGCUGUGACUGAGUCAUCUUCUUGCUACCAUUAUGCACAAGGAGUGGCUUAUUCAAUGUAGAGUUAGUGGGGCUGCAGAACUGACUCCUUUUAUAAUAAUAAUAGUGAUAGUAAUAGUAGUAGUAAUAAUAAUAGCAAGAGUAAUAAUAAUUACAGUUAUUACACUAUAUCCUGCCUUUUGCCAGGGGCUCAAGGCGGCUCACUAAAAUGAAAACUAAUACAAAUGAAACACACAUAGCUAAUGCAUUUUAUAUAUGUAUAUAUAAGUUUAAAAGUAAUGACACUAACAAUGCAAAAACCUCUGUAUUAAAAUGCAAUUGGGGUGGGGUGUUCAGUACAGUUAGCACUGUUGCAUCCCUGCUUCUAAAACGUGAGUCAUCAUUAUGUGCGACUUUAGGGAGGUGAUGGAGGGGAGAUUGUUCCAUCUUUUUGUGCAAAAAAUAAGCUUCUUUAACAAAAGUACUAGGGAGUGACUUUUUAAAAAGCACAAUCUAUAGGAUUUGACGUAGUCUCUCCUUGUUGAGAAUUACUUAGUAAGCAUUGUGUAUUCUUUGCCCUACCUACUAGGAUCAGAGGUCAUUUUGUUUUGUUUUUGUUUUUUCUGUUCCCUUACCAUGGCUCAGCUCUGUUACUAGAGUUUUUGUUUGGAACUGAGAUCAGGGUGACCCAGUCAGAUGACUGUCAGGGUUGCAAGGCUUCUUCUUACUGAAUCAUGCACAGUAAGCCUCCAUCAUUCACUAGGUCAACCAGCACUUGCCAUGCCCAGAGAGCUAUGUGCUGUAUAUAAAGGUUGCAUGUGUGCAUGGAAUGUUUUAAUGUAAAGUAUUCCAAUUGUAGUUUUUGCUUUUCAGCAAAGUUCGCCUACUUUGGCAAGUGGGACCUUUCUUUAGUGACGGCCCCUCUUGCCGCCACCACCCAUAUCUUGCUAAUAGUCCUCCCCAUUUGUUCUCCAUUCAGGUCUGGAGCCUGAGAUUCAGAAGCUUAUUGCUAAGCACAAGCUAGAGAUCAAAAAGCUGAAAACGCUGCAUGAAGCAGAGCUGCUACAAUCCGAUGAGCGGGCAGCCCAGCGUUACGUACGCCAGACGGAGGAGCUGAGGGAGAUGCUGGAGCAUGAGAAAGAAGAGCAGGGGCAACGAGAGAGAGAGCUGGCAAGGCAACGGUAUGUAGGGCUUAUGGCGCAGAGCUUGCACAACUUACUUAUACAGAGGGGCGGUGGAAGAGGACUACAUUGUAACUGUGCAAAGAGAGGGAGGAGCUGGCGAGGCAACCCAGUGUGGUGGCACACAGAAGAAGUGGGGACUGGCAUGGCAGCUGUUCAGGGAAGGGAAGGUGGCCUGUGGGGAGAGAGAGAGAGAGAGAGAGUGUUGGGGCAGAAAGGUGGCAGCAGGAAACAAGCUGCUCGGGUAUAGUAUUUCUGCUUAACAGUUGGAGAAGGCAACACCCCUGAACACUGUGUGAACAACUUACUCAGCGGAAGGUAACAGCUGGAAAAAAUUGGGUGUAGAUUAGUUAUACUGCUAGUUUAGCUGUUUCUCCCACUAUAAUAAUAAGACAGAGUGUUCCACCAAGUCGAGGUCAGUACUGAAAAGGCCCUGGCCCUAGUUGAGACCAAUCUAACCACAUUGUGACCUGGGACCUCCAAAAUGUUGUCAUUUGUGGACCUUAAGGUCCUCCACGGGGCAUACCAGGAGAGGCGGUUCUGUAGGUAGAUGGGUCCUAGGCCACAUAGGGCUUUAAAGGUCAAAACCAGCACUUUAAACCUGACCCUGUACUCCACCGGGAGCCAGUGCAGUUGGUAAAGCACUGGAUGAAGGUAAUUCCGUGACAAGGACCCCGUAAGGAGCCUCGCCGCGGCAUUCUGCAGCCGCUGGAGUUUCUGGGUUAGCUUCAAGGGCAGCCCCGCAUAGAGCGAGUUACAGUAAUCAAGCCUGGAGGUGACCGUCAUAUGGAUCACUGUGGCCAGAUCAGUGCGAGAAAGGCAAUACAAUACCAUUGAUACAGUACGUAGAGGUGAGGGAGAGCAAGCACAUUGGCACUUAUCAUAAAGCUGUUAUUGUAUUUCCUUGUCCAGCUUUGUGGUGCUAUCCUGGCUGUUAGUCUUAACUUCAGAGAGCCAAGACAGGUGCCUGUUGUUGUUCUAUAGGAAGGAGGUAGCAGAUAAACAGAGCUGGGUAGCAUCCUCUGAAGAGUUACUUGCAUGCUUGCUGUGACCUUGAUAACAUUCUUACUGAGCCUUUCCUCCAAGCUGCCGGGUUUCUCCUCUUCCAACUUCUCUGUUCCCAAGUAGAAAUUUGGCCCCUCUCUUCUGUGAUGGCUGUGUUUUUUGAUAACUCUUAAGUAUGCCCAAAAGGGACUAUGUGUCAUCUUACAUUUUCUCCCAGCAUAGGAAAUCAUUGCUCCCGCUGCUUCCCCCUAAACUUCAGGCCAAACCAAGGAUACAGCACCCUUGGUAAGACCCUCUCUGAAAGAGUCCCUCCACACAGGUAUGAGAAACAACUGGAGCAGGAGGAACAGGCUCUGCAGCAACAGAGGCGCCGACUGUACAAUGAGGUGGCCGAGGAGAAAGAAAGGCUCAACCAGCAGGCGGCCAGGUGAGAGAAGUACCGUAUUUUUCGCUCUACAACACGCACCCGACCAUAACACGCACGUAGUUUUUAGAGGAGGAAAUUCCGUAGGCAUGCCACCCAUAGGCAUUCCCUCCAUAACACGCACAGACAUUUCCCCUUACUUUCUAGGAGGAAAAAAGUGAGUGUUAUGGUGCAAAAAAUACGGUAGGUACUGGCUUCAAAGCUGCUGGAUAUGUAGAGCAGGUUUGUCUGUACAGUGCAGAGUGCAUAGAAAGAACCCACCAAGUACUGGAAUUCCGCAAGGUAACAAACACCAAGUCCCAGAGUGUAUUGUUUUUAUCAUAGACAUCUCAUACUAAGUUACCAGGUGAGAUUGGAGCAGCUUGUUCCACUUCCAGGGGGAAAUUUUAGCUCUCAGGAAGAUUUGCGGCUUCCUCUCUUGCUGUGUAUUGCAAGAUGCUUGAAACACUGUGGUACGUGCUCUCCCCAUGCCACCCUGGGUCAGUUCUCUAAAUUGCCUUUGCUGGGAGAGUGACUAAGAACAGACUGAGGCUCCAGUUUCCCCCAUUUCUCCAGAGAGGUGAGGUCCAGCUUGUCCCCGGAUUGUCUCGCCAAGCCGGGUAAGCUGUCAGUUCCAUGGUAUUGAUCUGUGCUCCCCAGGCAGAGGACUGAGUUGGAGGACCUGCGGCGGCAGCUGGAAGAGAACAGCUCUGUUGUUACCAAAGCUUUGAAGGAGGAAUAUAAGAAAGGGAAGGAGGAGCAGGAGCGACGCCAUCAGGUCUGUGUAUACAACCCUGGGGAUUUCUGAACUGCUGGGCCAUAUACCCUCUCGUUUAUCGGUAGAUGACAUUUUUUGCUUUAUAUGAUUCGACUGGUUUCUGGAGUUGAAAAUGUAGUUUUAACUGCAUCUUGAUUUCCUGUUGGCCCUCCCCAUCCCUAAACAUGUAUCCUGUUACGUAGAUCAGCUCUGUCCCAUGGACUUACCUGCACUUCCCCUGUUGGACUGGGGCAGCUCUCUACAGGGAGGCAUGGCACAAUACAGGACAGGAGUGGGCAGAAGGCAGAUCUGGUACAUUUGUUGCGCAUCAGUAAGAGUUUCUGACUCCAGAUAGUUUUAACAAAGAAUGGUUCAAGAGCAGCAACAGCAAAAUGACCCUAAAUUAGGGUACUGAAAUGAAAGCAGCUAACCGUUGUGGGAAAGGACUUUGAGCUCAGUUUCUGGGCUCAGAAAGUGCUCAAAGCCACCCUCGUCUUUAGAUAUACCCCUGUGUCUUUUGAAUAUGGCUCUGAUUGAUUGAUCUUGGAGUUCUAGUAAAAAAACAAAACAAAAACCACGGCAGAUCAAACAAGCCUGAAAUCUUCCCUCCCCUGCUAUACAGGGCUGGAGUGAGCUAGCUUAUCAGGGAAGUGCAUAAGUUUGUCUAGAAUGGGCCACCAGAAAACCCUUAUUUCCCAUUAUUCAGCACUUGCCACUUGGAUUUUGAUGGUGUGGUUGAGGGUUGGCAGACAAAUUGUGUCAGUGACCUCAGUUUUUUGACCUGUUUCAUUGCAGGACUAGAAUGGAAUCCCAAUCUGCUCCCAGUUCUCUUUCUGUUUGAUGAGUGGGGUGCAGUUUGGAAGGUGAGACCACAUACACAGACAGGCAAAGAGCCUGGCAAGCUAGUAGUAAGCCUGGCCAUGGCCUCUAUGUCUCUGUGAAGAAUGUGGACGUAUAAAACCGAAGGCUGAGGUUGGAGACAGACAGUAGUUUUGAAAACAGCCUCUGUCCUGCCACCUUCGUUUUCCUGUGGCCAGAGGCGGCUCUGGGGGAACGCAACCGAUGUGGUUGCACCGGGUGUGGAGCACUCUUGCAAAGCAGAAAGCCUGGUGUAGUGCUCCAUCCUUUCAAUCUUUGGAGUGGUGUAGAUGAAAAUAAUAAUUUCAAUCCUCUUUGAGCAUCCAUUUGGUAAACACACAUGCUCUUUUGAUUUGGAAAUCUUGGACCAGGAUUAAUGGAGAUUGGAAGGGGAAGAGAUUGAGGGGUCAGCCCCUCUCUCUCCUUUGUCCCUGAUCCCCGCCUCACUGUGCUCUUUCCUCCUUCCUCAAGGCAGAGGUGCAGGCCUUGAAGGUGCAGCUGGAGAUGGAGAAGCAGGCCUGGGAGGCCAACUACCUAAAGAAGGAGGUAAUGUUGUAGUUCCCCUUUUAAGCUGCCCUCUCGCUUUACCUUGGUUGCCCAGAUUAAACUUUACCUGGGCUCUCUUGUAUUGUCUUCAGGAGGCCUGGCUGCUCACUCGGGAGCGAGAGCUGAGGGAAGAAGUGAGGAAGGAGAGGGACAAGGAGAUUGAACUGGUCAUUCAGAGGCUAGAAGCUGACAUGUCCUCUGCUAAGGAAGAGUGUGAGAGAGCCACAGAGAACAGGUAAAUCAGUUAUGUAUGAAGGUCAAAAAUAAUUGCAUUCCCAUUGUUCCCUAAAUGGCCUUCUGCAUUUUGGCUCAAGCUUUUUAUAAGCUGGGUUCUCAGUGUGGACCUUGGGCAGGGUUGUUGUUGUUAUUAAAAUUUCUAUACUGCCCUUCAUCUGAGGAUCACAGGGCAGUUUGCUACACACACACACACACACACACACACACACCCCCAUAGUAAUGAACAAAAGCAAUAACAUAACCCCUCCACACAUAGUUUAAAAGACCAUAGAUUGUUUAAUUAGCCGCAGGCCUGGGAGAAGAGGAAUGUUUUUGCCUGGCUCCUAAAGAAAUGUAAUGAAGGCUCCAGGAAAGCCUCCCUGGGGAGAGCAUUCGGCAAGUUGGGAGCCACCACAGAAAAGGCCCAUUCUUGUGUUUUCACCCUCUGGUCCUUGCAUGAAGGAAGCACACAAAGAAGGACCUCAGGUGAUGAUUGCAAGGUCUGGGUUGGUUCAUAUGUGGAGAUGUGGUCCUCGAGGUAUUGUGACCCUCAACCACACAAGCAAGUAGUUGGCCUAGUCAGGUGGUGUGUAUCUGCAUAUUUUACACACUUGUUUUGCUUUCCUUGAAUCACCGGCCAUUUGAAGCAACAGGUAAUAAUCCUGACUUUACAGGUGGGAUUGCUGGUAUUCCUUUGUGACUAGGUCCUUGAACCCACAUAUUUGCUACCUUGCCGUUUUUAUUUUUCUCAUAGCUCCAGGUAUUCAUUAGAACUGGUGCAUGUUAUAGAUGGCCCACAGUGCCUUUAUCAGUCAUUGAAGGCACUUACCUCUGUAUUUUUGGAAGCUGAAAGUCAGAACGAACUUUCUCAGGACUGGCUUGCCUUUACACACAAACACACUUUGUUCAGAGUGCCAGAAGAUCAGAACACUUCAUUUGUGCUUUGGCAAAUUUGUAAAGCAAUGCUGCAGGAUAUGAGCUCCAAACCAAUUCUACCCUUCCACCAAUAUUUUGUGACUUCUAGACCUCAGCCCUCUCAAGUGGCCCCAGUGGGCAGAAAGCUUGAGAACCCUUCUCUACAGUCACCUCAUUCAUAAAAAUGGUCUUAAGAGCUGUAUUAUGCCUCAAAGGCCUCCUGAUAAAACUGGGGGGUCUGCUCCAGCUUGAGCAGGCAGUCAGGAGCUCUUCCCAUUCUCUAUUCAGAAUAAAGAGAUUGCGGGACAAAUAUGAAGCAGAGCUGCAAGAAAUGGAACACUCAGAACGUAAACUCCAAGAGCGCUGCAACGAGAUGAAGGGACGGCUCUCAGAGGCAGAAGGCGAGAUUUUUCACCUGCGAGGUCUGCUGCGGCAGAAGGAACAGGAGACAGAGGAUAUCCGAAAGGUGGGUGUAUCACAGAGAAGGCAAGCGGUGACUUCCUAGUAAGCUUUUUCUGCUCAGACAGGUUCCUCUCCAAAUCCAGGGGAGAAAGGGAAGGUAGGGAGGAAUCCCAGAGACCCUGAUGCGAUGAGUAUGGGAGAGGUGUGUGGGUUCUUGUCUUUGGAUAAGGUUUAAGGACCUGUAAAUUCUGCUGGUGUAAACUGCAGAAUAAAGAAUUAGACAGACCUUGGAUGGCAGCUUGAGCAUUGCCUUCUCUCUGACUUUAUCUCUUGCAUAUCUGGAAAGUGACAUCAAUAUGUCACAUACUCUUCCCCCUCUCUGCUUGCUGUAACAGGUAGCGGAUCAGCUAAGUCAGGAGCGCAGCAGCCUCUCUGAGGUCAUCCGGCAGGAAUUUGCAGAUCGGCUGGUGAGCACAGAGGAGGAGAACAAGCGGCUCAAGACAGAAAUGGCUGAGCUUCGUGCCCGGCAACGCUUGGAACUGGACAGAGUGAGGAGGGACAAAGAGGAAGAGCUGGAAGAAGUGCAUAAAAGGUGAGGAUUGAUCUCACUUGCUGUAGAUGAGUUCAGGUCUGACCUAGAACAAUGCUGCAGCAACCUGGGCUGGCAUAUCCCAAAUGACGCUUGCGGUUGUCUUUUCCGCCCAUGCACGCCCAAGGCAGAAGCUCUUGUCAGUUUUAGUGUGGCAGCCCUGCCAAGGUGCAAAACUGUCAAGUGGUGAUGUGACAGGGCUGUGUAGCUAAUCAGGGAGCUAACAUUAUAUGCCUAGAUAACUGCAGUUCUGCACCACAACAAGCUGAAUUGUGACCUGUAUAAUCUUAUGCAAGUUGGCACCAAUAAGCUGAUGACGUAUUUUGCAUCUGAAAGUCAUGAGGAGGGAAGGUUAGAGACCUGUGCUUGGUUCUGAGGUCUUGCUGUCCCUGACUACUGAAAAAACCUAUAUUGUGUCCCACCACUUCUUCUGAGACUUUCAGUAGCACAAAUUCCUCUUCACUAUCUCAAGUCAGCACUGAUCUGUCCCUGUAGCUUUGGUUCGUCCCUUGGACCUAGACUGCAUGUGAACGCAAUAGGUUGAGUUGCUUGUCUUUUUUGCUUAAAGAUUUACUACCGUUAAUCUGGAUCUUCAAGAUCUUAGACAGCAAAGUAAGCAAAAUGAUCUAUUUUUGCAGCACUAACCAGUAGUUUCAAAUGUCACCUGUCCCAUAUUUUAUUUUAUUUAUUCCUUAGAUUUAUAUACUGCCUUUCAUCAUAUGAUCUCAGGGUGGUUCUUCAUUUGUUGCUGUCUCUAAAAAGAAACCUGCACCCCAGUCAUUUUUCAGACAUUUGUAUAAUCUCUUACUGCUAUUCUGAGAGCAGAAAGACCCAUGUAUAACUGGAUCUAUUUUUAACACACACCCCCAGCAUCACAUUUUGCCUAAAGAAACCCCAGCCUUUUUGCAGGGUGCCCAGUCACAUGUACAGAGACUGCAUGUUCGGAGUUACUACAUGUUUAAACAGUCUACUUAAAUCUGUCUUCAUUUGGGGGCACCAUUCACCACUGAAUGUCGGGAAAGGGCUUAUAUCGCCAUGUGAGAUCUUCUAGAGAAGCCAAAGUGAGGAGGCAGGUAUUGUCCUUGGAGAAGCAGGAACAUCUUCCUCUUCUUCCCCAGCUUCCAACAUGACAGCAGAACAUCAAGGGUACCAUAAGUGUAUGACCCUGGGUCUCAGUCUCCUUUCGCUUUCUUCUCUGUAGAGUGAAGACAGCAAUUGUGAAGAAAGAGGAAGCAGUGAACAGCCUUCGAAAACUACAUGAGGUGAGAGCUGCAAACCUGCUUAUCCUUGUCACCAUUGAUGCAGAGAAUAAGACAAAGCGAGGAAAACGAUGAUGGUUUUAAUUCAUGGGAUCCAAGGACGCAGGUGGAGAUUGUGACAUGGCAGAGCUAGCCCUGGGCUCAUUAGGGGAAGAGACAUUGAAGGCACUGGCUGGCUGCCGAGUCACAGUUUGCAAAAGAAUUAUGAAAUGCUCGUGGCACCAACUCCACCUUGAAAGAGACUACUGAGGAGAGGCCAAAGCCCUAUAAAAUAAAUUAAUCCUCUGACUUCUGCAGGCAGUAAGAAAGAUCAAGAGCAAACCAAAGGUAGCUGGCUAGCGAUAUCGAGAGUGGAAUUCAGUCUUGCCGCUCCACUUGUAUAAUGGCUUUUGAUCCAGUGGAUGCCUGAAAACUUGAGGGGUGGGGUAUUUCCCAUUGGAGCUCUUCAAAAAUCUGUUCUAGAGGCUUUUCUAGACCCUCCAGAACAGAGCAGAAGAUGGCAUGUGUGGGGUGAAAGGAGAGUUGGAGAAAAUUUCCUUCCCUCCUCUCACAUUAGUAGAGAUGUCUUCUAGAACAAAAGCUGUUCCAUAUGAGCAGUGACAGCAUUGGAUUCUAGCCUGUGUUUCGUUUUGUUGUUAUUUUUCCUGCUACUGCUGUUAAUUUUGUAAUGUUCAAGGGAAUAAGAUGAAUAAAGCUAUUUGAAUUUGUAAUUUUGGUAUUAUCUGGUUAAUGUUCAAUCCAGCAUGAUUGUAGCCAUCCGCCACAGAGGAGCCGCUCCACUGCAAGACUUGAGCAGCAAAUUAGUUUAGAAAAAGAAUGGGGAAAAGUAUUAUUCCAUCCAGCGUGCAAUUUAAUUGAAUGUGUGAACUCUUUGCUAGGAAACAUUAACCAAAACAACAAUUGCUGUGGGUUGAUAAUAAAAAGCAGUAUUAACAUUUAUUUUUUAAUUUUGAAGGAUGAAUUGGAUCAAUAUGACAGUGCACAUAUGUUUGCACAAAGUUCCAGAAAUCCAUAAAUAAAACACUUCAGUAAACUAGUCAUUGAUUUUUCCCAAGAUAGAAUAAAACUUUCUCAGUUCUCUUUGAUUUUCAUGUGGCUAGUUAGUUUCUGCAUGUUAAUGCAGUUUCAAGAUCCCCGUUUUUUAAUUGCUAACUCCUUAUCACAUUUUCGGGAUCUUAUCACGAACACCUUUGUACUUGUUAAGAGAUUAUUAAUGGUUUUUUAAAAGUUGGUUUAAUUAAUUAAAUGAAUUAAUCAGCAUGUUUUUUAUUAGAUUAGUUCCCAUAAUUUGCUUAAUGAUAUUUAACAUUUUCCUCCAUGUCUCCAGGAUUUUAGGACAACUUUGCCAUGGAUAUCUCUAAUUACUUGUUUCUAUACAUCCUCUCCAACAUAUAUUAGAAUCCAUUUCCUAAAUGUGAUAAAUCCUGACUGUGAUUAGAUUAACACCUACACAAUCUUGUAAAACAUUCCUCCUUUUGCAAUGCCACAUGGAGCUUAUGCUCACCCUUUUUAACCACUUCUGUCCCAUCAUUCCAAAUCAUUUCCCUGCAAUUUAACUUGUAACUAUUUCCUGUUCUCCCUCCCCCACAUUAAAUUCAACAAUAAAAGUGAGACCUUGAACAAUUUUUACCUUGCUGUUUUAAAAGUGAUUCCUUAACGAUCAGAAUAAUUUUGAUUUGUGUUCAUUUUAUUAGCUUCUGUUAACUUUUGCGAUUACAUCCUUGCAUUGCAAAUUCUUCUGUUUUCCUCUUACAUCCUUUUGCCGCUAUACAUAUUUCUCCCCUGAACUGAAUUAUCUUCUCUUUUCAGGCGGCCGUGAAGAGGGCAGACCACCUAGAGGCCCUUUUGGAGCAACAGCGUAAGCAGCUGCUAGCAGCCAAGUAGCGGCUGCACUGGUACCAACAGCCCUGCAAGGACAGAGCCAGUGAUCACGAACAACAACAGAAAUGUGCCUGUUGUGGUCCACAAGAGACUUAAGAUAAAAUGAACACUAAUCUGUAUGUGGGUUGGGGAGGGAUCCCCUCUCCCCCUUUUUAAGAAAAAAUAUUUUUUUUAACCUGUUUCUUUACUUGUGCCUGAGAUAUGACCUCUGGGUGGUAUCCCAGUUCUUGCCAAUGUAUUUUAACAGUAAAUCCAGCUGAUUUGUAAGAUG